AUGUUCUCGUCAGCUUCCACAACGCUCGUCGCUUUACUUCCCCUUCUCGCUUCCAUCCCAUCCAUAUUCGCUUUGGACGAAUCAUCCGCACGAUCGGCUUCUGUGUACCAAUUAGUCACCGAUCGAUUUGCUCGAAACUCUUCUGUCACUUCGACAUGCACCGCAUCCGAACGAAAAUACUGUGGUGGAACUUGGUCUGCCAUCAGUGACAAAUUAGAUUAUAUACAGGGAAUGGGAUUUGAUACAGUCUGGAUAUCACCCGUCGUAUCUAACAUUGGCGGUACAACAGGUGAAGGUGAAGCGUAUCAUGGAUAUUGGACAUUAGAUCCCAACACAUUAAAUUCAAAUUAUGGUUCUGCGGAUGAUUUAAAAACGCUUUCAACUAAUUUACAUUCUAAAGGCAUGUAUCUCAUGGUUGAUGUUGUCAUUAACCAUGUAGCAGCCACUUCAUCUUCUACGUUUCAACCUGAUUCAGCUUAUGGACCAUUCUCAACUUCUGAUGAUUAUCAUCCAUUCUGUUGGAUAACAGAUUAUACGAAUCAAACUCAAGUUGAAGAUUGUUGGUUAGGUGAUUCAUCAGUCGCUUUACCUGAUUUAAACACUGACUCAACAACAGUUUCAUCUUAUUGGAAUAACUGGAUUCAAGAAUUAGUCUCAAAUUAUACUUUGGAUGCAAUCAGAAUCGAUACAGUCAAACAUGUUCCUAAAACUUUUUGGCCAAAUUUCGUUUCUUCGGCAAACGUAUUUAAUCAAGGUGAAGUUUUGAACGGUGAUGCCACUUAUGUCGGUGCAUAUCAAAGUGAUGGAAAAGUAAACCCAUUCAAUUAUCCUGCUUAUUACCCUUUGACAAGAGCCUUCAAUCAAACUUCGGGUGAUUUAUCAGAAUUAAUCGCAAUGACGCAAACUAUAAAAUCAAGUUUCUCAGAUCCUACUUUACUCGGUAACUUCUUGAACAAUCACGAUAACGCAAGAUUCGAAUCUACAGUUACAGACGCCUCUCUCAUCAAGAACGCUCACGCUUACCCAUUCGUCACUGACGGUAUCCCAUACGGGUACUACGGUUCAGAAGCUGGUUUCACAGGUGGAAACGAUCCUGAUAACAGAGAACCUCUUUGGACUUCAAACUACGAUACGACUUCCAACAUGUACAAGUUCUUUACCAGUUUGAACAUGGCUAGAAAAGCAGCCGGAAACGCUUCCACCUCGUUCUACACUUCUCAAAUGAACGUAUCAUCCCUUUCUUCAUCAUCUAUCCUCAUCAACAAAACACCAUUAAUCUCCGUUCUUUCCAACUCUGGAUCAUCGGCUUCCGACGCAUCAGUCACGAUCCCUUCUUCAUCAUCAGGAUGGUCAGCCAAUGUAGCGAUCGUCGAUUCACUUUCGUGUGAAGUACUUACAACUGAUGGAUCUGGUAAUUUGGCCGUCACUGUUAAAACUGGAUUACCAAGAGUGUUCAUCCAAAACUCUAUCAAAGGUCAAGUUUGUACUGGUUCAGCAGCGACCAACACUUCUACUUCUUCAGGAUCAUCAGGAAGUUCAAGUGGUGCGAUCACGUUGAAAAUGGAUGUUAAAGCUUCAUGGAUGAUAGGUGCCGUAGGUGCCGUAUUAGGUGGUAUGAUGAUGGCUUUGUAA